CUUUUCUUCUUCCCGCUUCUUUGUACUUUCUUCUCGGACUGCUUCCGGCGAGCGAUUUGAGUUCCAAUGGCCUCGGCUGCUCUCCGAUGCUAUACCUCCAAGCGCCUUCUUGCCUAUUCCUCUUCAUCAUCGUGGUGUUGCAGAGGAUCCGCUUCCGCCCAAUCUUCCAUCUCCGAAUUGCUUUCCAGAAACGAUGGAACUUCCAGUCCCAUUCCUUGGUGGAGAUCCAUGGCCACCUUCACUCGGACAAAGCCUCAUGUGAAUGUGGGGACAAUUGGGCAUGUUGACCAUGGAAAGACAACAUUGACUGCAGCUAUUACGAAGGUGUUGGCCGAGGAAGGGAAAGCUAAGGCUAUAGCAUUUGACGAAAUUGAUAAAGCUCCGGAGGAGAAAAAGAGAGGAAUUACCAUUGCAACGGCUCACGUAGAGUAUGAAACUGCUAAGAGACAUUAUGCACACGUAGAUUGCCCUGGACAUGCAGACUACGUUAAAAACAUGAUUACUGGAGCUGCUCAAAUGGAUGGUGGCAUCCUUGUUGUGUCUGGUCCUGAUGGGGCCAUGCCUCAGACUAAGGAGCAUAUUCUACUAGCACGGCAGGUUGGUGUUCCAUCACUUGUGUGCUUCUUGAAUAAAGUUGACGCUGUUGAUGAUCCUGAAUUGUUGGACCUUGUGGAAAUGGAACUUCGUGAACUUCUCAGCUUCUACAAGUUCCCUGGCGAUGACAUUCCCAUCAUUAGGGGUUCAGCUUUAUCUGCAUUACAGGGUACAAAUGAAGAAAUUGGUAAAAAGGCUAUUCUAAAGUUAAUGGAUGCUGUUGAUGAAUACAUUCCUGACCCUGUUCGCCAGCUUGACAAGCCUUUCCUGAUGCCAAUUGAAGAUGUUUUCUCUAUUCAGGGUCGUGGAACUGUUGCUACUGGCCGUGUUGAGCAGGGAACUAUUAAAGUUGGUGAAGAAGUUGAAGUUCUAGGGUUAGCUCAGGGACCUCCUUUGAAAACUACUGUAACUGGUGUUGAGAUGUUCAAGAAAAUCUUGGAUCAAGGACAAGCUGGUGAUAACGUCGGUCUCCUUCUCCGUGGUCUAAAAAGAGAAGACAUUCAACGUGGACAGGUUAUUGCAAAGCCUGGAACUAUCAAAACUUCCAAGAAAUUUGAGGCCGAGAUAUAUGUUCUCACAAAAGAGGAAGGUGGCCGACAUACUGCUUUUAUGUCCAACUACAGACCUCAAUUUUACAUGAGAACUGCAGAUAUCACUGGAAAGGUUGAAUUACCUGUAAAUGUUAAGAUGGUUAUGCCUGGUGACAAUGUGACAGCAGCUUUUGAGUUGAUUUUACCCGUUCCCCUUGAAGCAGGACAAAGAUUUGCCCUGAGGGAGGGUGGUAGAACGGUUGGUGCUGGAGUAGUUUCCAAAGUUCUUAGCUGAGCCUGAGGUACUGCGCCCAUUUCCUUGAAAGCUCCGCCAAAACCAAACAAUUUUUGAAGAUCCAUCCUUGACAACAUGAUGCUAUUCGACAUUGUUUACAGAAUCAGUUAUUUAUAUUAGGCCCUUGAGAGAUUAUUAGGAUGUUAUGUAAUUUGCAUAGAUUAAGGAAGCUGCAUUUUAUUGUCCUGAGUCCAAUCCUUCAAGAUUAUUAUCUUGGUCCUCUUCAUCUCUUCUUUCCACUUUCAAGUUGAUCACUAAUAAUUUUAGAGUACAUAAAUGGCAAUGGCAUAAUCAAUGUACGUUCAAUAUUUAGUAUUAUGAACGUGAAUUCAGAUGGUUGUUUCUUA